UUAUUGAAAUUAAUUAUGGUAUUAUAGUUAUAUGAUAUUGUUAACAUGUUUGAUUUAUAUUUUCAGAAUUAUUACACCAAAAGCCACUCGAGAGAUUACCAUUCUUUUUCACCAAAAGCUUAAUGGAGCUUGGACAACCUUUACAGAAUACCCAAAUUCUGAGCUAGAGACUUUAUAUGCUCGAUACAGAGCUCAACGCUUUAAGCAUAAGCAGCCUGAUGAGGAAGUCAAGAAGGCAUUUAUAGAAUCAGUGAAACAACACUAUUCUGAUUGGAUGUUUCGCAUUAGAAAUCCUAUUUUUCAGAAGUACGAAGUGAAAGAAGAUCGUUACAAGAAUGGUCCGUCCUUCAUUCCUACACCUUUUUGGAAAGAGAUGGUGGAUAAAUGGAUGAUGGGAGAUUGGGGGGAGACAAGUUUGAAAAAUAAGGGCAACAGAAAUAAGUCUAAAAUUUUCUCCAUUACAGGUUUUGUACCAAUGGCCAAGUACAGAUAUGAAAUGUAUCUUGAGACGGGCUCUGAGCCUAGCCCCAUUGAUUGCUUUAAGAAAUUUCAUACAAAAAAGGAUGGCAAAAAAUGGGCAACUGAUCAUGCUAAGACAUUAUAUGAAAAAAUGGAUGCCAUAAAGGCCCAAGCUGUUUCUGAAGGUACUAAGACAAAUGAUUAUCAGAUCUUUCGUGAAGUGGUUGGUGAACCAAGUCAUGGUCAUGUUCUUGGCAUGGGAAUAGGUAUUAAGGCUAAGGAUGUGUACGGCUUAACUUCAUCUGGUAAAGGAUGUAGCAAACGUUGUAGAGAAGAUUUUACAAAAGAAAAAGAAGAUUUGGAGGCUCGUCUUAGAGAGGAAAUGGAUUCCAAACUUGCAAAAGUUGUGGAGAAGCUUGAGGAGAAGUUUGCUCAAAAGUUGCAGUCAAUGGGCAUACUACAACAAUCUGACAUAGAUCCAGCUACCACGAAUGGUACUAGCGGAGAUGAAGAGGACAACUCAAACAAUAACAUAGAGGUUGAAAACAACUUGGAGAGUGACUCAGAGGAAGACUAAUAUAGAUCUUGUCAUAGAAUAGUUGUUUAAGUUUAAAACAAAGUUGAAUUUCAGGAUUUCUUUGUAUUUUUUAU